GUCACGUGCAGGGGGCGCUUCCGGUCGGCCAUGUUGGCUCCGCGGGGCACGCCGGGAGCUGUAGUUUCUGCGCUCUCGGUCCCCGCAGCUGCGGCGCUCGCGGCACGGCACAGCCCUCGGUACCGGCGCGGCCCCGCGGCGCAGCCCGAGGGGCGGGUUCGUGGCGGUUUCCCGCGGGCUGCCCGCGGCUCCCCGAGACGCGGUGUGCCCCCGGCCCGAGAGUGCGCAUGCGCGGCCGCGGCGUCCCCCGGGAGUGCGCAUGCGCGGUGGAGGUGAGUGGCGCGGCUCCGGCCGGGCAGACCCGCGGCAAGAACGGUCCGUGUCGCCUCUGUCCCCCUCCCGAGGCCGCGCGGGUCCGUUCCUGCCCUGGGCAUGCCGCCGACUGCGCCCAGCUCGGGCUGGCGCUUCUCACGGCUCGGGGGCCAAAAGGGACGGGCGGAGCCUUCCCGGCCGUGGGCAGCGGGCGGGAGCCGCCGCGGCUGGAGCUGGAGGGGCCAGAGAAAGGGAAGGAAGGAGAACAUCGAGGGCACGUGGGCAGCAGCCGCCUGGCCCUGCAGGAGGAGAGCGCCUGCCUCUCCGGGUGAGCGAGGAGCCCUCUGCACAGUCCGCAGCGGGCCGGACCCAGUUGCGGAACGGCCGCGCAGCGAGCGAGCGAGGCUCCGUGUGUCGGAAGCCACGUCUUGUAAGAGCCGAGAGACACGCGCGUAUUCUUUUAGGGAGAGAUCAGCCAGGCGAGUGGAGUUUCAGAACAAGAGGAGGGGCAGGAGGAAGGAAGGAGAAAGAAGCAUCUGACCUGUCCAAUUCUCCCAGCAGUGCUGGGAGCAAGAGCUGCGGUGAGUCCCGGGCCCUUGGGGCCCUGUCGCCCCCCUUGUAUGUCCCAGUCCCUUCCUGCCCCUCUCUUUCCCAUGCUGUGAUUUUUUUUUUCUUCUCUACCUUUUCUUUCUAUUCUUCUGCCUUUCUCCCCCUUCCUCUCUGACUUUCUCUGUCUU